GAGUGCCACGCACAUUCACCAAGGCUGGAGCCACUGCCCCAUCGUGGUGAGAGAGUGGGAUUCGAUCUUCGCACUAGCGCAUACCUGCUUCCACAUCAGAAUUCUCAGAUUCUAUUAGAUUGGUUCAGAAACAGCGAUUGGUCGAUACAACGUUACAGCAUUGGAAACGUCAACGGAAAGCAAGGCUUAGAACGUCAACGACCAAACGUUAACGCACACGUGUAGAACGCAUUCCAUUAUUAUUGUCGCAGAAAGGACGAUAAGAAACAACGCUAAAAUGCCCCCAAAGCAACCAAGAGGUCCGAAAGGACAAUUCAUCUCGAAAAAAAGCCUAACUAGCCUUUCUGACGCCUCUUCCUUAAACACAUCAACUGAAUCUUCCCCACUAGAUACGCCAGAGCUUACAUCUAACGAGACAGAGGACCAACCUCAAGACCAGGAGAACUCGGAGUACGAGUCCCACGAGGUCCGCCAGCAGUUAGAGCAAACUGACGAAGAAGAUCAAGAGUCGUUAACAGGAGCACCAGACCCAGAAGCUAAUACACUUCCUACCUUCGACGACCAGCCGACAAAGAUCCUAAGUGCCGUUGUACAGCCACAGAAGUCUAUCACACCGUGGCCAGUCCCACCUGCUACACCGACCAAGACCUUCCUAAAACCCAUCAUCGCCAAAGUCACUCCGCAAACAUCAAAGUCAAAGAAGAUGUCAGGAAACGGCAACACACCAGGAUGGUUCCAUGGCAAAGCGGACGAGAACGCGCAGAAUUUCCUGCGGGAAGUUGAGCGUUAUGUCGUGCUUAACGAACUGAAGACCGAACAAGGGAAGAUCACGGUAUUCAGUACUUUGCUCUCGGCAGGUUCAAUUGCAGACACAUGGUGGAAUAAACUGGACACCUCGCACAAGAGCACGUGGUCGGAUGUCAAAACAGCAUUCUCGAACCGUUGGCCAGCAAUUACAGUAGCUGAAAAAACGGGGCUCGACUACCAACGGGAGAUAUUAGCAUUGCGAUUAAAGGAGGAAGAAGUAGGCAAACAGAUUACAGUCGCAGGCGUUCCUACGUGGGCACACCUUCAAUUUCAUGUGAACUUACGACAGCUCGUUAACGAAGCUGGAGCCAACACGACAGCAGGGCUCGUGUAUCAAGUUCGGGAGAACCUACCAACGGUAAUCAAGGAGCUCACAACUCCGGGGUUAGCGGAAUGGAGCAAGUUCCUAGACGAAAUUAAGGCGCUUGACACAAACAAGCUGAGGGAGAAAGCAGAGACGGCGAGAAAGAAGAAAGAGGAAGAGAAGAUGCAGAGUGCCCGCCUCGCAAGGCUCGAGACUAUGCAAACAGAUGCGAUAGAGGUCAUGCGUCUGCAGUUACAGCGCACCAACCUAGGAUCUGCGCCAACUGAGCGAAGCACCACGUCAUCACCCAAUCUAGCACCACGUAUACGCUACAUCAACAGACAGCUCGAGACAAACACCCAGCAGACAACUCGUCAGCGCCAACCUCUCACACAGGAAGAACGAGAUAUCAUGCGAAGUCACGUCAACGACAUAGCGCAUCACUCAGACACCACUCCAGGACGAGCAGCGUACGAUGAGCAGCUCAAACAAUGGUUCACCAAGUAUGGACAAACCGGACGAGUCACAGAGACCACCCAGUUCCCACUUCGGCCAGGUAGUGCCAUGAUAUGCUCGGGAGAGUGUUUCAAAUGCGGUGCGCAUGGACAUAGAUCUGCAGAGUGCCCAGUGCCGGAGACAUCGCAACUACCAAUCCAGGAGAGAAUUUGGAGAAGUCUAGCAGCGAGAGCAUUGGGUAACUUUAAUCGGGCGAAUGCGGUGCAAAUCGACGUAGCAUUUGAGGAAGAGAAUGUCAGAGGGAGUAACGGUUGA